ACGAGGGGAAACAAAAAGCGAAAAUAAAACAACAAAAGCUAAGCUAGAAUCAAAAGUGAAAAUACUUGAGUCUGAAUGGUUUAUAAAUACGACUCAGUUCUAAACUGGUUCACACUACAAGCCGCACUUCAGCAGUAAGAACUGUUGUUAACUUCGACUGGUCUUUACUUAUCACACAAGUGGAAAAAAAAAAAAAUAAUAAUACACGCUAAGAGAACAAAACAAAAACAGAAACAGAGCAAACAGAAAUAAUAGGAUAUCUUAUUUGUUAGUAAAAACGAUGGAAGCUGUUACCAAUUCUGUCAACGAAAGUCUUGAUGCCAAGAAAUCUCCAACAAGGUGGGUGACUGAAGAAGAUAUCUACGAAGAAGUUCAAGAAGAUGCAGAAGGUUUUGAUGAGUAUACAUGUCCGUUGUGGAAUUACGAGUCUUGGGAAGUUCCUGAAAUUUUAUCAAGAAUUAAUGAAGAAAUUCCUCGACAAUAUUACAAAGCAUUGCAACAUUCAUUAUUCGAAACUGGUUUUCCAGAGACGCAGGACAAAACAUCCAAAGUUAAGACUUUCUCCCAUCAACAGGUUUCAAUCACCGUUUUAUCAUCUCCUGUUGAAUGUCUGAGUGUUUUGUUAGAAGGAGGCGAACAAUGUCCAGGAAAUAUGCUUCUGGUUCUUUCAGAUUCCUGGCUUAGCAAGGAACCAUCUUCUACACAAAGUUCCAAAUUCUCUUUGUACGUCAACAAGGCCAUAGCUUUCUAUAAAGGAGGCCACACUUGUCUAGAAAUGUAUCAACCGCCACGUCGUGUGACUUACUUUGUCAAUUUCUUCACGGCCAACUGCACUGGAAAUGCACACACGGAAGGCGAAGACCUUGAACAAAACUUGGACUGUCCUAUGAGUAGUUCAUUGAAGCUGUUGAGUUAUACCGAUAACAAACUGUUGACUCGAACAUUGGCUGCCCAGGCUGGCGUCCCUUAUCCAACCACUUUGGCAUUUAUAAAACAUUCUAACGUCGUAUUGAAUACGAGAGGGCUACGGAUCACUGUCCAAGUCAUACCAGAAAACAUUUCCGACAAACAACUGCAGUUGACCUUCAAGGAUAAAAUCGAAACGUUUUUAGCCACCCACAGUUUCAGCAAGCUUGUUAUAAAACCCUCCGGUCCUUCAUGGUUUGGAAGCAAACUGGUGUCUUUCAAUAAACCCAUUGUGGAAGAAUUAGUGGAAACAGCAGUUUCAGUUUACCACAGAUUAGAAGAAGGUGAUGCAGUAAUUUUAGAAGAAUGCAUUGACAACUUACCUGUCACUGAAGAUUACAACUUUCGUGUUAGAACAACAGUGUGUCGAACAUCAGAUGACCUUCCACACGUGUCAAAGACUGUCUGUGGCGUUGCAAAGUCGUGUAAGCCAAUCAACGGAGACAACACUAUCCCACAGUCAUUGGAAGCAUCUCUCAAAACCUGGCAUGUCUCAGAAGAAAAUAUAAAAGACAUCAAGAACAAAUUAAUCAGCAUGUCUGAACGGACUCUGAAAGCCAUCAUGUCCUUUGAUGAGUCACUUAACGAAGAUGAACGCGGUGGAAUUGGUGCUCAGACAGAUAUAAUAGGACUUGACUUUUUAGUGCGGAAAAAUCAGUCAAAAUUCGAACCCGUGUUAAUUGAAGUAAAUGGACACGAUUGCAUGAUAAACUGCCAAAUUAACGAAUUCAUCAACAAAGAUAAAAUUGGAGAAGCUGCCAAAGAACUGGUGAAUACCAUGAUUUCAAGAUCCGAACGUUUUCUGGUGAAAGGUAAAACUGUACUUUUCGUCGGUGAUGGAUCGUACGGAAAACGGUUUACUUUGAAGGAUACCAGAGACUACGGAAUUAAGAUUGUGUUGGUAAAUACAGAGAAACCUAAAAACUUGAGUCAAGAUAUCACUUUCAUACCACAUGAUCUGACUGACUUGAAACGGACGUAUAAAAAUGCCACCGAAAUUAUUGCCAAGCUUCAAGCUAGAGGUAUAACAAUUGAUGGCUGUAUUACUUUCUGGGAUGAAAAUGUCCGUCUUGCGGCAGCGAUAUGCGAACUUUUGAACCUAACAGGAUCAAAUUAUAAAGCAUGCACCAUUGCAAAAAAUAAAUACCUUACUUUUAAAUGGCUACAGAAGCGAAAGGGAGAUAUUCCUCAUUGGCCACGUACGUUUUUGUAUUCUUCAAACGUUUAUGAAAUUAACACACAGUCUGAUAUCUCCAAAAUCUUCCAAAACAACAAGCCUUCCUUACCUUUAGUAUUGAAAUUGGAAUAUGGCUCGAGUGCAGUUGGGGUCAAACUUGUACAAAACGAAGAAGAGUGCCAACAAUAUUAUCAACAGUUAUCGGACUUAGAAAUGUCUGGUGUUGGUUUAUGUCUAGGUCGUUCUUUUAUAUUGAUGGAUUACUUACAAGGCACCGAACAUGAUGUGGAUAUCAUAAUAUAUAAGCGUAAAUUAAUUGCAGCUUUUGUGUCGGAUAACGGUCCAACCAGGUUACCCAAUUUCACAGAAACGGCAGCUCUUUUGCCUUCGAUUCUUUCAGAUGAAAAGCAGAACCAACUGAUCGUUGCUGCUUACCAAUGUUGUCUUGAAAUCGGUUUAGAAAGCGGCGUUUUUAACGUGGAAAUGAUUAUGUCAGUGACGGGACCAAAACUUUGUGAGAUUAAUUCACGAAUGGGCGGCAUCUAUCUCAGAGAUUGGAUCAAGUUCUGUUAUGGAGUUGACAUUAUGUUUUGCGUCUUAUUAAUAUCUCUGGGUAUCGAACCACAUGUAAAAUGUAAAUAUAGUCAAACGUAUUUAGCGGGGAUUAUGUGCUUGGCUUCAGAGCAUGCUCAUAUUUUCAAAGACAAGCAAAAAAUGAAUUUAAUUCGAGCCAAACACGAAUCCAAGAAAAUACGAUACAAUCAAUUUCUUGAAAAGCCUCUUUUAGAAGAUAAAGAAGAAGAACCUUUUUCAAGUAUAGCUGCAGUUGAACCCGAUCCAAUAACUGCUAAAAAGUCGUUGAUAAAACUCUCAGAGGAACUUGGUAUUAAAACCGAUUCGUACAAUGUUGAACAAUUCCUUAAAUUCAUUCCCAAUAAGACACAAGAAUAGGGCGAAGUCUGGGAGUUAUUAUUUUUUUUAAAGUGUGUGUGUCCGUAUAUAUGUGUUGGGUAGAUAUGGAAAGUUGAUACAUCUUUAAUUUCUUUUCCAAAGGGAGCUGUUGUUUUUAGCCCCUAGUCAGCAUUGAUCCAAGCCAUGGCGAUCUCAUCCUUUCUAUAUCCAUC